GUGUUUUUUUUCUUUCUACAACUCUUGGAUAAUACUCCCCAGACUGUGGAGUCACUUUUGGAGACGUUGCAUCUGAAUUACGCACGGGAUCCCUCUAACAAAUGACAACUCUUAAGCGCUUUAUUGCUCCCUCACUUCAUCCCCUCACCUCCCUGCAUUGUACCGACCCACCGUAUCACCUUCCCCACGAGGCCGGCGGCCGGCAGUGAAAGCCUCUGCGGCUCUUUCAGUGCGUGAAGCGUGCGGCCGCGGGAACACCCGGCCGAGGAUGUGGGGAGGAGGUUUCCCGAUGUCCGUCCCAGCGAUUGUGACUCUGCUCCUGGUCAUAAGCGACGUGAAAGGCAGUGAGUACUGCCAUGGCUGGCACGACUCCCAGGGCCCGUGGAAGGAGGGCUUCCAGUGUCCGGAGAAGAUCGACGCGGUGGACGCGAUCAUCUGCUGCGGCAAAUGCGAGCUGCGCUACUGCUGCUCCAGCACGGAGGCCCGGCUGGAUCAAGGGAGCUGCGAUAACGAUCGGCAGGCCAAGGAGCCCGGGGCGGAGGACAAGGAGGACAAGGAGUCCGGUGCAGUGCCCAUCUACGUGCCGUUCCUGAUCGUGGGCUCGGUGUUUGUGGCUUUCGUCCUGGUGGGCUCCGUGGUCGCCGUGUGCUGCUGCCGCUGCCUCCGCCCCAAACAGGAACUGUCCUCGGGAGGUGCUGCGGGAGGAGGGGGGAGCGGCCGCCUCUUGGAAACCAUCCCCAUGAUGGCCAGUGGGGGGACCUCCAGGGGUUCCUCUUCACGCCAGUCCAGCACGGCCACGUCGUCCAGCUCCUCCGCCCCGCCCGCCGCCCCCCGCCCCGCCCUCAUGCGGGCUCAGGCCUCCUGCUGCCUGCCCCCCGAUGCCAGCGUCUUCGUCAACAUGCCCACCAACUUCUCCGUGCUCAACUGCCAGCAGGCCACGCAAAUCAUGCCUCACCAGGGACAGUUCCUCCACCCGCAGUACAUCGGCUACGCCCACCCGGCCCAAACCUACCUGGACCCCAGCCAGGGGGAUACAGACCCCUCCAGUCCCCCCUGCCCUCCUCCCAACGGGGGCUCCAGCAUCACCGGGGACCAGAAGUACCCCGCGCUGACUGUAUGAUGAGGAGCCCACCUGCAGACCUCUCUUUUUGUGAAGUUUUGUGAGUCAUUUCGGGGACGCUGCCAGAGUGGAAAAAAAGAAGAAGAGUCGGACUCACACGAAGGACUAGUAAACCUCCCGCUGGCUGCAGGCCCUGCCCGGCUGUUGUGUGUCCGUUUAGUGUGUCGUAUGAUCUCUAUGCGCGUUGGAACGAGCUGAGCUCAACCGAUGACGGAUGCAUAAACAAUUUUCUGUCCGGAUGCAAAUGGGAGGGUUAUGCAGCCCAGAUGGGUGACGGUGCGCAGCUCACUGCGGCUCAAACAAAGACUGUGCAGGUGUUUGUGUUUGUGCGUGCAUGUGGGAGUGAGAACUUUUUUUUGUUGUUGCUUUAUUCAUGCUGGAAUGAGUGAUGACUGGAUGAUUUAUGGCAGUGAAGUAUACAUUCAAGCAAGAAAAGAUUAUGACCACAUGCUGUUUAUGCCAUGUGUACGUCGGCACUUGUGAAUGGUUGUGAGUGGUUUAUUAAAGAACGCUAUAUGUCUGUUUGUGUUGAAAGUGUGAGGAAAGCAAGCAUGGGAACCUUUGUACUCUGUGUGUGGAGCCGUGUGGUUGUAUGAGUAACUCUGAUGGGAAAAGCAGGUGGUGUAAUGUGAAAGGCAGUUGCAGUCUCCCUGUAGACCAUUUAAAGUCUAAUGAAGUGAACACGGGACACAGACUGUGACGCUCCACCCGACAGUACAAAUCAACCCGCUCUCCCCCACACCCCACACCCCUGCCACCCAAAAAGAGAAAAAUGAAAUCCCAACUGCCCUGAGCGGAAACACAGACCCCCUAAAAGUAAAAGGAUGGCAGUGAACACAUGAAAAGUGUGCGCGUGUGUGUGUGUGCGGGAGCGAAGGGGUGAGACGCAGCUCUCUGAAGAUUACCAAGUUAAUCAUUCAGCAUAAAACUGCCAGCUUCCUUUCUCCCCUGUGAGAAGUGUGUGUGCAUGUGUAUUUAACACUACCACAGCUCAGUGCGUUAGAGGGGGGGGGGGGGGGGGCGGCCCUCGGGCAGCUUUGACUCAUUAUUUCCCACUUAAGAGCAGAACAAAAAUGCUGGUUGCUUGUUUAUCUUAAAAUAAAAAAAGAUUUUAAAAAGUUCAAAAGUUGCGUUAUUUUCCUUCAGUGUACUGUACAACUGUCACAUGCGACUUGAGGAAGCGCACGCAGCGCUUGAUGUCCCGAAGAACCAAUAGAACCAAUAGCUUUGACGCAAAAGACAAAAUAAAUAAAAUGAUGUAUGAAAAUGGUCCAAUUUGAUUCACAUUGAUUCUAAAUAAAUAAACAACUUUUACCAAAGUGAUUGUGUGGAGAACUUAUGUUUGUGUUGGUCUUUCAUCACCUUUGCUCAUAAAAAAAAGCCGUGUUGCCAUUGACCUCUCGGAUGAGGGAUUGGGUGAAUGGGUUUGUCUCCCACUGUUAAUUCCCUUGAAACACAAACACACUGAUAGUUAAGCUAUUAGGAACACUAAAUACACACAUUCGCAGACAGCUUUACCACCCACAGUGGACGGUCACAUCACCCGAGGAGGGACAAUGACCCACAACAAUGGUCCGUUUAAGGCCAUGUGGAGGUGUCGCGGACUCCUCCAGAAACUACAUGGCAGGAUCUCUAAAUGGCUCUAUGGCUCCUCCGGCCCCCGAUGGAUGGAUUCUCCAGACGGGAGAGCAGCUGAACUCGGUCUGGGUUGAGCCCGAUCCAGGAAGGUGGGCGGCAAAGAGAUUGGGGGAGAGGGAGUGAUUCAGUUCACGUAUGAUGUACGUAAGAUAUGCUUUAAGAAAAAAAGAAUCCUUUUUCAGCAU